AUGAAGGGGGAUGGGAUUGAAGAGAGCAGCACGAGGUUGUUGGGUAGGAGCAGCAGUGGUGGGAGCAGUGAGUCAAGGUGGGUUGAUGGCAGUGAAGUGUACUGGGAUGAGGUUCCUGUGCGUUCAAAGCAUGAUGAUGGUAGAGAAGGGUUCGGGUCAAUCAGAAGGAGGCUUACGAAGUUGCCCAAGAGGGUUGACUCAUUUGAUGUUGAAGCCAUGGAGAUUACUGGAACUCAUGCUAACCACUCCAAGGUCCAUUCCCUCUGGCCCACUCUUGCUUUGGCAUUUAAGACCCUUGGUGUGGUAUAUGGUGACAUGGGAACAAGUCCUCUAUAUGUUUUUGCUGAUGUCUUCAGCAAGGUUCCAAUUGGAUCAGAGGAUGAUGUCUUGGGCGCAUUAUCAUUAAUAAUGUAUACAAUAGCCCUUAUUCCAUUAUCCAAGUAUGUUUUUAUAGUCCUCAAAGCAAAUGAUAAUGGAGAAGGAGGAACAUUUGCACUAUACUCGCUGAUUUGCAGGUAUGCAAACGUGAGUCUGCUUCCAAAUCGUCAACAAGCUGAUGAGUAUAUCUCUAGUUUUAAGCUCAAAUUGCCUACUCCAGAACUGGAAAGGGCUUUAAAAAUAAAGGAUACUUUGGAAAAAACAUCAUUUUUGAAGAACCUAUUAUUGGUGUUGGUUCUUGUGGGAGCUUCCAUGAUUAUUGGAGAUGGUAUUCUAACCCCCGCAAUAUCAGUGAUGUCUGCCAUAAGUGGUCUGCAGGAUCAAAUAAACGGAUUUGGUACUGGUGAAUUGGUUGGUGUUUCUAUUGUAGUCCUGGUGGCUUUGUUCAACAUACAACGGUUUGGUACCAGUAAAGUGGGUUUCUUGUUUGCCCCUAUAAUUGCCUUAUGGUUCUUUUCUCUGGAGAAAUGGCAAAGACGCAUGGUAUUGGAAUUGAUUGGCAUAUUAGACUUUAAUGAUCCUAUGAACCAGACCAUUACUCCUUCCCGGAUCUCAUUAGAGUUAGAUGAGAUCAUAGGUGCAGAAGCAAUGUUUGCAGAUCUAGGUCAUUUUUCUGUACCAGCAAUACAGAUUGCCUUCACUUGUGUGGUAUUUCCCUGUCUCCUCCUUGCUUAUAUGGGCCAAGCUGCUUUUUUGACGAAGAACCCAAGUUCUUAUUCAAGCGUAUUCUACAAGUCUGUUCCAGAGAGUCUGUUCUGGCCUGUGUUUGUGAUAGCCACACUUGCUGCUAUGAUUGCCAGCCAAGCAAUGAUAUCUGCUACAUUUUCGUGCAUAAAGCAAUCUAUGGCUUUGGGAUGCUUCCCCAGGCUCAAGAUAAUUCACACCUCAAAAAAGUUCAUGGGUCAAAUUUAUAUCCCCAUAGUUAAUUGGUUUCUGAUGAUCAUGUGCAUAAUUGUGGUCUCCAUAUUUCAAAGCACAACUGAUAUUGCAAAUGCAUAUGGCAUUGCCGAAGUUGGUGUGAUGAUGGUUAGCACAACCUUGGUGACCCUUGUGAUGGUUUUAAUUUGGCAGACUAACUUGCUUUUGGCACUGUGUUUCCCUCUUCUAUUUGGUUCAGUGGAGUUAAUUUACAUGUCUUCUGUCCUAUCCAAAAUCGUUGAGGGUGGCUGGCUUCCACUUGCCUUUGCUACCUUUUUUCUCUCUAUUAUGUACACUUGGAACUAUGGGAGUGUAUUGAAGUACCGAAGUGAAGUUAGAGAGAAGGUUUCAGUGGACACAAUGCUUGAGCUCGGCUCCAAUCUUGGAACAGUAAGAGUGUCAGGAAUAGGAUUGCUGUAUAAUGAGCUUGUGCAGGGCAUUCCCUCCAUUUUUGUGCAGUUCUUGCUCAACCUUCCAGCUCUUCACUCAACUAUAGUUUUUGUCUGCAUUAAAUACGUCCCAGUCCCUGUGGUUCCUCAAGAGGAAAGAUUUCUAUUUCGAAGGGUUUGCCCCAAAGAUUACCACAUAUUCCGUUGUGUUGCUAGGUAUGGUUACAAAGAUGUAAGGAAGGAAGAUCACCAUGCAUUUGAGCAACUUCUUCUUGAGAGUCUUGAGAAAUUCUUGAGAAGGGAAGCUCUUGAAGCGGCCUUGGAGUUGGAGGGCAACUUAACCGAUGAUGUGGACAAUGUCUCAACGAAUACAAGGGAUUCUGAUCUUCCUGUUGGUACUGGUGCUGAGGAGCUUAGGAUUCCACUGAUGCAUGAUCAGAAAUUGGAAGAAACAGGAAUUUCUUCUACCUCUCAAGAAGUUGUUGCAUCAGCAUUGCCAUCUAGUUACAUGUCAUCAGGUGAAGAUCCUGGUCUUGAAUAUGAGCUUUCAGCCCUUAGAGAAGCAACAGAAUCAGGAUUCACCUAUUUGCUUGGACAUGGAGACGUGAGGGCGAAAAAGAACUCUUUUUUCUUUAAGAAACUAAUGAUAAAUUAUUUCUACGCAUUUCUCAGAAAGAACUGCAGAGGAGGUACAGCAAACAUGAGAGUACCUCACACCAAUAUCAUUCAAGUUGGAAUGACCUAUAUGGUCUGA